AUGGACGAUUCGAAACUCCCUCAGCUCAAGCGCGCAGUCCGUCACCUCGUUCAGGCCGCAGCGGAGCCCGAUGGUGCCAUGGACAAGGGCGAGUUUACGUUCCAGUCUGCGCGGGCAGAAGUGACGCGUAUUCUGGGGCUGGACGAGGGGGCGCUGGAUGGCCGGUGGAAGAAGGUCGUGAAGGAAGAGGUCAACUUGGCUCUGGAAGCACUGGAUGAUGACACUGAUGGAGCUUUCUCGUCUACGGUACAAGACGUGCCAAAAGCAGCAAAAGCAAGCCCUAAGAUAUCAACCUCGAAGACAAAGAAAUCCACCCAGCCGGUCAAAACUGAGCGAGAACCAGCUCCGAAAGCAAAGGUGAAGCGGCGUCAGCCUACUCCGGAGGUGGCGGCUGUAUCAGAAGGGGAGCCGAGCAAGUCGGAGUCAGAUGAAGAAUCGGACAUGUCGAGCGUAUAUGACGCGCCGGUCAAGGAGAAGAAGAAACGGAAAUCGACCGAUGGGACGGCUGGGAAGGCAGCCAAGGGAAAGAAGCCACGGACUAGGAAAGAUCCAAAUGAGGGCCUAUCACCGGAAGAAAGGAAGAUAGCGGAUCUCAAGCGGAUCGUACAUGGGUGUGGAACUGUAAAGAAAUGGGCCAAGGAAUUCGAGGGGAUGACAACAGCAAAGUCGCAGAUAUCGCAUCUGAAGCGGAUACUGUCGGAUCUCGGAAUGGAGGGGACGCCAACUCUGGCCAAGGCAAAGACCAUCAAGAGGGAUAAGGAAGAAGCGGCCGAGCUGAAGGAUAUACAGGCGUACGAAGCUGAGCGAGGAAGAUCCGCUCCUGGUCGCCCGAGCAGGACUGCUGCUCGUGCAACCAAAGCGCAGGCGGCAGCUGAGGGAUCUGAUGAUGACGGAGAAGAGAGAGAGCCGGGCGCGACGGAUGCUGUGUUGGCGUUCCUAGGAUCGCCGAGCGAUGAUAGCGAUUGA